AUGGGGCAGCUACAGCCGAUCGAACUCGGGCUAGUAUUGGCCCCUAAAGGACCUUCUUGGUGGUACCUCCGUGGGCCCCUCUUCAAAAGCCUCUUCUGGAACCGCCUAAAAUGCCCAUCAGAGUCACCUCGACGACUGGUCCCCGGUGGCUUACGAGUGAUCCGGCUUGUCGAUCGGCUGUCUCCUCUGCAGUCGGUACAGUCGAGCUCGACACCGUCGACACCGUCUCCCCAGGCAACCGGUUCCCGUGACCUCCGGCUCUCCGGUGGGCAUUCAUUCAGGCGCAACCCGCGGUUUCGCGACACGGACGACCAGUGA